CGUUCUUCUUCCUCUCCUGUGUUCAACAGUCAAGAAGGCUCAUUAGCUAACCAAUUGAACACGUUUACGAUGGCUCCAAAGUCUCUCAAGCUUAACCACACUUGUCUUCGUGUGAAGGACCCAAAGGCCUCUGUGGAGUUCUACACUUCCAAGUUUGGCUUCCAGCUCUUGGAACAUAAGAAGUUCCCAGAUAUGAAGUUCGAUCUCUACUUCCUCGCCUACCCACAUAAGGACGCUGAGGGCGCAUCGCUGCCCUUUGGAAGAGAAGGUGUUUUGGAAUUGACCCAUAACUACGGCACUGAGAACGAUCCAGGGUUCAAGAUCAACAACGGUAACGUUGAGCCUCACAGAGGAUUUGGACAUAUCUGCGUGUCUGUUGACAACAUUGAAGUUGCCUGUGAUGAGCUGGAGAAGCAGGGUGUCAAGUUCCAGAAGAAGCUGACGGAUGGCCGUCAGAAGAACAUUGCCUUUGCUCUGGAUCCAGAUGGCUACUGGGUCGAGUUGAUUGAGAACGGUAUUGGCAAGCAGGAUGGUAAGACGGAUGUCUCGUCCUACAGAUUGAACCACACCAUGAUCCGUGUUAAGGAUGCUCAAAGAUCUAUCAGAUUCUACAGAGAAGUGCUUGGUAUGAAGCUGUUGUCCACUUCUGAGCACCCAAAUGCUGAGUUUACUCUGUACUUCCUCGGAUUCAACGACGACGACUCAUUCGUUGAAAAUUCGUUGACAAGGGAAGAACAGGCAGCUCUGGAAGGUGUGUUGGAGUUGACUUGGAACUGGGGAACCGAGAAGGAUGAGGGAUUCAAAUACCACAACGGUAAUGCCCAGCCUCAGGGCUAUGGCCAUAUCGGAAUCUCCACUGACGAUGCGGAGUCUUACUGUGCCAACAUUGUUGCCAAGUUCGGUGAUGAAGUUCAAUGGAACUUGAAAUAUGACGCUGGUAAGCUCAAGAACAUUGCCUUCGUCAGAGACCCAGAUGACUACUCGAUCGAAAUCCUCGCUACAAAGCCAAAGUUGUAAACUACAUCCUGUUCUGUAACGAAUACACGCCAGCAAAUGUUCAAAAUCACACUAUGUACAAAAUAACGAUAAAGCAAACAAACUAAACGCUAGAAACAGUCCCAUAGGGUUGUCUGUCCGCUCACUUCUUGUUUGCAGCUUGUUCUGCCAUGUACUCCUUCUUCAACUUUGUGAGCUCUUCCUCCGUGAUUGGAGGGAUUGGAACAUCGCUGAAAUCAUCCUUGCCGAGGAAACUGUAGGUAUAAGCGUAGAUGGAGACCGUUAUGGUCGACAAAACAGCAAACGUGGCAGCGUUCUUCCAGAAGAACGGUCUUCUGGCCCUGAUCAUUGCAGGUGUCAUCUUGAACGUUCUUGGAUCAUGGUACUUGGAUUGUUGUCUUUGAAGCUAGGUGUUAGUAAUAGCGCUCGCACCGCUCCAGCCCC